CUACUCUUCGUCACAAAACUUACAACUAUACUACCAUCUUUUUAGUGAGUAGGAAUUAGAAGAAAUGGCUUGUUUGAAGCCUCUAGUCCUUGCUGUUUUUGUUGUUGCGUCCUUUGCUUUGGUUGCAGAGAGCCGGGUCUCUAGGAUGGACCUUGGCCUGGGACUGGGUGGGGGAGUUGGUGCUGGCACUGGAGUUGAUGUUGGCACAGGAGGUGUUAGUGUCUCUGGCUCUGGGUCUGGCUCGGGCUCGGCAUCUCGGUCUGCAGGCUCCGACUCCGACUCCGAUUCAUUUUCUGCUUCUCGGUCUGGGUCUAUUUCAAUCCCCCUUCUGGGACCUGGAGGUAGUUCAUCUGCGGGUUCUGGUGCCGGUUCCUCUGCGGGUUCCGGUGCUGGCUCCGGUUUGAGCUCCGGACAUGGUGAAGGCUAUGGUGAGGGCCACGGACAUGGGUCUGGCAGUGGAAAUGGCAAUUAAGAGAGUAAUAUUAUGAACCAGAUGUCUUGCACCACCUUAGUGUAAUGAUAAAUAAAGAGAUGGUGAAUGAGAAUGCUUGUGCCUUGAACUAUA